ACGUAAAUUAAUGUACGUUCCUGUUUCACUCAAAUUUCGCUGUUUCUGCUCACUGCCAGUCUAAAUAACGAUGGACGACGAAAACUCACUGUAAUGACUUGAAACCACCCGGAACAGUUUAUAUUUAAGACAAAGAUCUCGAUAAUUUAAGCAUAAAUGUUCAUAAAUAUAUAAAUAUAAAAAUAUUUCCAAAAUGCCUGCGAUUUUGACAAAGAUCAGAGAACAGGCCUCGAGGGUACAACCCUCGAUAGCUUUAGGAGUUGGAGUGGGGGUAGCUCUAGCCGCCUGCGCAGUCUAUGGGACCAGAGACAAGAAACACGCACCUCCUUGCAACAACAAUAAUAAUUAUAAGGUUGCUAAAAAUGGCAAACUCCACAAUGUGGAUAAUGGCACAGCGAAUGGAGACACAUGCGGCGGCCGGUGCGGGGCUGAGCAGUGUGCGCUGUGCAGAGGAGACGCCGACACAGAUAAUAAACAGAAUAUUGAGGACGCAGAUGAGACCCAAUCGGUAGAGGAACACAUUCCAGGUCUGAACCUGGAGUUUAUCCGACAGCUGAUAUCCCUCGCCCGCAUAAUGGUGCCAGGAGUAAGGAGUCACGAGGUCGCCAUACUGUCUGCACAUACCCUGUGCCUCUUCACAAGAACCUUCUUGUCUAUUUAUGUAGCUUCCUUGGAGGGAUCUAUUGUAAAACACAUAGUCCAAAAAGACAUGCGUCGGUUCGCCAUGCUGCUACUCCAGUGGUUCGGGAUAGCUAUUCCAGCGACCUUCAUCAAUUCCAUGAUCAGAUACCUGGAGAGCAGACUGGCCCUGGCCUUCAGAACCCGUCUGGUGAACCAUGCCUAUGACCUCUACUUCAAGAACCAGACUUACUAUAGGGUCGCCAAUUUAGAUGCUAGGAUUGAAAAUGCAGAUCAUAGGUUAACCGAAGACGUGUCAGUAUUCACACAGUCAGUGGCCCACCUGUACAGUUCGCUGACGAAGCCAUGCUUCGACCUGCUCCUCAUUGUGCUAACCCUCGCCACCUACUCCAACAAGAUGAAGGGCAAUAUAUUUAUUGGUCCCAGCAUAGCCACAGUAGUGAUCUGCCUGACGGGUCAGCUGUUGCGGCUGUUGAGUCCAAAGUUCGGUGCCCUGGCCGGUGAGGAGGCGCGAAUGAAGGCCAACUUGAGGCAUGUCCACGCCAGGCUCAUUGCCCACGCUGAGGAGGUCGCCUUCUACGGUGGACAUAAGGUGGAACUAAGUCAGCUCCAAGCCGCCUACAAGGAGCUAGUGGCGCAGAUGACGUCAGUGUUCAACAAGAAGCUCUGGUACGUGAUGUUGGAGCAGUUCUGUAUGAAGUACGUCUGGUCGGGGACUGGGAUGGUCAUGUUGGCAUUACCUAUAUUGACGGCCACGCACUCGCAAAGAGAUGGAAGCAGUAUAAGUGACCGCGCUGAAUACAUGACUACAUCUAGGAAUCUACUCAACUCGGCCGCCGACGCCAUCGAGAGGCUCAUGUCCAGUUACAAGGAGAUCGUGACGCUGGCGGGGUACGCGACGCGCGUGUCGGACAUGCUGGUGGUGUUCGGCGAGGUGGCCCGCGGGCGCUGCGUGCGCGCCGUCCACGUCCAGCCGCACGCCGCCUUCCAGGUCACCUUCCGGGACAACACGCCCGUGCCCGACGGUAAAAUAAUAUACACAUCGGACCUGUCGAUAAAGCUCCGCAACGUGCCCAUAGUGACGCCGGCGUGCGACGUAGUGGCGGCCGGGGUCUCUCUAGACAUCGCGCCCGGGACGCAUCUACUCAUUGUUGGACCUAAUGGAUGCGGGAAGUCCAGCUUGUUCCGUAUAGUGUCGGGUCUGUGGCCCGUGUGGGGCGGCGAGCUGCACGUGCCGCGGCCGUGCGCCUGCGCACACUGCGCCGACGACGGCGGCGCGCCCGCCGGCUACUGCACCUCGCGCCCCAUCAUGUUCUACAUCCCGCAGAGGCCGUACAUGUCGCAGGGCUCGCUGAUCGACCAGGUGACGUACCCGUCCCGCGCGGCGGCGGGCGACGCGGCGGCGGCGCGGCGCGCGGCGCACAUCCUGCGCCUGGUGCGGCUGGACGCGGCCGCCGCGCGCCACGGCGGGCUCUGGGCCGUGCGCGACUGGCGCGCCACGCUCUCCGGCGGGGAGAAGCAGAGGAUGGCCAUGGCCAGGAUGUUCUACCACAGGCCCGUGUACGCGUUGCUCGACGAGUGUACGAGCGCGGUGUCCAUGGAGACUGAGGUCGUCAUGUACGAGGAGGCCGUCAAAGAGGGAAUAACUCUACUGUCCAUCACUCACAGGCCUAGCGUCUGGAAAUACCACACGCAUGUUCUAGAAUUCGACGGCUGCGGGAACUGGUCGUACAGACCGCUCGACAAGGACACGCACGUCACUACCGCACUGCCAUCUAUCGCGCCGCCCACCAACAACAACAACAACAACAACAACAACACUACUGACGACCAACAACAACAACAACACUGACACUAUAGCUAAUGGUAAUUAUUUGUACACAUACUACAUUAAUGGGGGCUAAUUAUGGGGGAUUUUUGGUCAUCAGAUGUAUCAAGUAGGGGUUUUUGUCCAAUCGCUGCUCAGCUGUUAUAUAUUGAACGUGGAUACAUAUGUAUGUAUAUGAGGUUAUUUAUAUAACCUCACGCCUGUCUCCCAUGGGGGUAGGAGACUAUGGAACGCCAAUUACUACGAUUGGACGUCCAACGGUGUGAUAUUAGCUAAUUUCCUAUUAGACCAAAAAUGAGAGUUACACACUAGCGUCAACUGUUGAGCAAAAAUGUAACAAUAGUCCCCAUUAUAAAUGCGAUUUACUCUCGUCAAUAUUGAGAAUAACUCUACUAAGUUCGAGUCACAGAGGGACUCUUCCUCAUGAGUAGCGUGGGCGUAAACUGAAACUAGACAUUUUCUCAACAUUUACGUGAGUAAACGAAAAAUUUUAAUUAAUAAGAAUUAUUAUUAAAAUAGUAUUUAAAAAGACUCGUGUGAGAACUGGUUUUUUGUUUAACCGACUGUAUUUAAUAAUGGAGUUAUGUAUUUUCAUUUUAAAAAAAGGAAAUUUCAAAGUGAGUUUUAUGCGAAGGCUGUUGGAAAUGUAACUUAAAAAGUGAUAUCAUAUGGUUGAAAUUACAAUGGGCGAAAACGCAAGGGGUUUUAAAAAGAAAAAUCUUUAAAUUGUUACAAUAAGGUUGAAAUUAAAGUAGUAUGUAUCGUGGGUACAUUAUAAAGGCGGUACGAUAUUGAAAUUUCAACUGUAUUGAAAUGUGUUUAAGGUGUAUUUCUCUUUGGAUAAAAAUUCCUUAUGGCCUUUAAACCAAUAUGUAAUGUAGCCAGCAAAUUUUAUAACUCCAAAACUACUGAACAGAUUUACAUACGAUUUUAAAACAAGGGAUAGUUUAUUAAGACAUUUUUAAAAUAUGCUAGAAUUGAAACCGUACUACGACUAGAUGGCUAGGUCAAUUAAAAACGAAUGAAAUAACAAAAAGGUUUUUUCAGAAGAAUCAUUUUGUCCCAAUUUCUAGAAUACUUAAAAAUAAUGCAAUCUAACUUUUACUAUAAUUCGAAUUUGACCAAUAAUAUUGUCUAAGCUACGUGCAUUUUAUUUUAAACUCUAUGCCAAUAGUCAUAAGUUACAUUUUACUCUGUCAUGUAAUUUUACCUUUGAUAUUUUUAAUCUGAGUAUUGGCUAGUGAUAUGAUCAUUAUAGAAAAUCUACUUUUAGCUUGUUAAUUGUAAAACUGUAGGAUAUACAGGGGUUUCCAUCGGGAUAAGAAACUGAGAGAAAUUGUUUUAAAUAUUGUAGUUAGGUUCUUAAAGACAUUAUUUUGUUUUGUUGUACAUAGUUGGCGCGGUAGUUGGGCAACUGGGUGCCGCGCAACGUGUCGCGGCUUCGAUUCCCGCCCGCAACAACUUUUUGUGUGAUCCACAGAUUGUUGUUUCGGGUCUAGAUGUCACUGUGUAUGUGAACUUGUAUGUUUGUAAACACACCCACGACACAUAAGAUAAUCAUAGUGUAAAAUCCUAAAUAUAAGUAAAAGGGCACUAUCGGAAGAGAACUAUAAAAAGUAUUUAAAUCUCGCCAAAAAUAUCUAUCUACAUAUUAACUUCAUUAAUUAAUCUUUAGUUUUUCUGUUAACAAAAAUAUAGUGACUAUAUUACAAAACUAACCAUGGUAAACCCUGUAUAUCCUACCAUUCACAAAAUGAGUCUUUAAAAGUCCAUAAUUCAAAUCUAAAAAUCUUCAAUCUAUCGUAGAUUAGUCCUUUUUGAUAAAUAACCUAAGGUAGCUGUCUAGUAACUAAGUAUUAUCGACCAAACGCAGACCACGUAAAGUUUAAAAUAGCAUGUAGUGACACUUCAAUAGUUUAAGGUCACAAUUUUCUACAUUUUUGGCACUUGUAAGUAGAAAUAGAGGUCAUAAUGACGCUAGAUCUCCGGGCCCAAUAAUUUACAAAUCUAUGAAAAUUCUUAUGAAAAUAAUACUGUGUCAAUGUUAUAGUAUUCGAAUUUUUCAUUUUUCUUGAACCUUUAAAAAGAAACAAAAAAUGGUAGCUACUGUCAUUGCAAAAUAAACUUUAAAAACUUCAUGAUAAGAUAUAAAAUAUCGCAUGAAAAAUACUAGCUUACUAUUCAAGCAAAUUUGAACUUUAUUUCGUUACCAACAACAUUUAUUUUACAUUGUCAUAGUUCUGUAUUCGGCCAUGUUGACAAAUUUUGACAGCUGUCAAAUAUAUGGCGGGAAUUCAAAACUUAUAGGUAAAUUGUAUUAAUUUGUUAAAAUGGCAACUAGAUAAUGCAUGGGUAACUAGAAUUCAAAGCUUUUAUGUACCGCACGGUAUAUUUUAUGUGAAAAUUAUAGAACUUUUUUGAGUUUUUGCAGAUUUUGAGAUAAGCUAAUUCAUAAUAACUAUCGUGAGACAUACUAAAUUAACUAAAAUCGCGGGUUACUCAUGUGAAUAUACUGAGAAAAAGCUCUACUAGUUUCGAACCACAGAGGGGUUCUUCCUCAUGACUCGUCCACCGCCGACGAACCACAGAGGGUCGCGACCCAUGAGUAAACUGUGAUUUUUGUUAAUAAGCUAAUUCAGUUUGACAACAUUGUCUAUGUAACUAAUUGAUGUUUUAUUUUAGUUAGCGCGAAUAGCAAGUUAUUAAGAACUUUCAGCUUAGCUUUUAGUCUGCAAAAAAUUAAGAGUAUGAUCAUAUUUUUAGAAGUUCAAUGCAGUUAAAUAAGUCACAAAAACAUACCUAUUCGAUAAAAAUGUAUAUAGACCGAACUAGCUAUAGAAAUAAACAAGUGCAUUGACCUCUUCUAAAUAUGAUCGUAUCUUUUUUGUCUUUUUUAAAAUGAGAAAUUGAUAAUUAUUUUGUCGUCAUCCUAUUUCUAGUAGAUAUUCUAUUACAUAUAUAAAUUAAAAGAAUCAAUGAUUUUUAAAACCUGUUAAAAAUUAGUACAACAUUAUCCAUUUUGAGCUCAACAAUUGAUAAUGACACAGCAUUUCUGGUUCAAAAUAACUUAAUAUUUUGAAAUAGUUUAAAUUGAUCGACACCAAGAGAAUACAAUUUAUAAUUAUUAUGAUAUUCUUGUUUACCAUGAGAUUUAUACAUAUAAAUGUGAGUUUUAAUAACAGACCUUUAUCUAACAUUUUAUGAUUGACUUUUGACAUUAGUUCCUGUCAAAAAUCCUGAGAUUUUGGGAUUGAAAUUAGCUACCGUAAAACGGGGUGAAUAGAAUUCGACGAGUGAAUAGAUACCUCGUCUAUAUUAUUAUAUUUCUCUUGUAUUUGUUCAUACAAAAGUAGCCUCUGAACAUCGGAAAUAAGGUCUAUAAUAGAGUAAGUGGAGAGCGGUCACUUAAUUUCCGCCGUAAAGCAUUCACGUUUGAGAUUACAAAACAACCUACAUUCCUACACUGAGAUUUUAACAAAAAAACAAAGAAAUGAAUACUAAGUAUUAUACUAUCAGUUGUAUAUAAUUAACCUAUUUACAAAAUAACAUAAUAAUGUAAAUAAUUAAAACAAUUACGCCGGCUUUAUUUAAGUUUGCAUCAGAAAAAAAUAUUUUAAUUAAAAUAAAUUGUUGAACCGUGUAAUCAAUUAAGAUGGAUGACGAAAUUUUACGCGAAUGUUGUUAAGUUAUAGUAAACGUGUUUUCUCUUGAUGUCGAUCUGUUUAUUAAUUAAAAGUUUAAACAAUAACAAUACAAUAGUUGCUGUAUUUAGUUUUAAUUUUAGUUUAUAAGGUUCUAGUUUGUUAUUUGGUUGGCUUUUUUGGAGUAGAUUUCAGAUUUAUGAUAAAACAUAAUUAUGAAUGUCAUAGUUUAUUAGGAUAUGGAAAUUUGUAUACUAUAUGUGAACUUUCAAAUGGCCGAGUGCCCGCAAAGAGGUUCUGGCUUCAAUACACCGGUUUAGACAUGAUAGAGGUAUAAAAACUUCUUUUAACAUAAAAUUACUCCUAAAAAGGUUAACCUACAGAUAAAUUAGGGUCUUAUUAUAUAAAAAAUACCUAAUUAAUUUUCCUUUUUAUGUUUUUGUGAGAUUAUGAAUCAUGGCUGUUUUUUUUUAUUUUUUUGAAAAUGUUUAUUUUUUAAUGUUGUAAGUGUAAACAUAUCGAAAUUGUUAAGGACAUUACAUUUGUAUUUAUUUCGGUAAUUUAGUGUCUAUAUUGUAAAUAUAUUAGUUGUAUGUUACGGAGGUUAUUCAGGGAGGUAGAUGAAAAAUAAAGUGGGUUUUAUAUGAA